AUGAUUAGAUACGGGCCUGAAUUUCAGUCACUUGUCUUCAACGAGGGCAUACAAAGCACUGUUAAAGUGGUCGAUAAUAAUUGCAGUGAUGAUACUGGCACCGUGUCUGCCGACCUCAAAAGCACGAAAACUGAUCUCUACAGGAGAAGUGAUGGAUACAAGAAGAGACCAGAGAAGAGGCAGAAGGCGAGAGAUGGCAUGGAGAUUGACUCAGACGAUGACUCCGGCAAGACAUACAUUCCGAAAUGGGCGAAAGAAACACCAACCAAAUGUAUCAAUACCUCGAGAGCACUGAUGGAUCUAAGUAAACUUUAUGUCAAUCCUCAAGAUGCUUUCUCCACAAUGCUACGAGGUGCCGCGCACGACUACUACUUCAGGUAUCUCGCUGAGCAUCUUGAAGACCUGACUUUUAACGAUAUGGUCCAUAAGGUUAAGAGAAGAUUUCACACGAAAACAGAAGAGCAAAAUUACCUGACUGAAUGGCGAGUUCUUACCCUACAGAAAGUAAUUAAAGAUAACCCUGACAGAAAUACCCUCCAAUGUCUUGAUUUGGUUAUCGAAAAGCUCCAGAAAAUAUAUGAAGCUCUCAGAUGCAAUUACGCUCACAAAAGCCACAGUCUCGCUGGACAAUUAUAUGCCGCAUGCCAAGGCGAAUCAGCCUAUGCACAAGCACUAAUACGCCCCCACGACGGAUUUGAAGAUGCCUGCGCUGAGCUUCGAUCUAGUGUUAAGGUCCAUAUGGACUGCACUCCACGGAAUGCAGGGCUGUUCCAUCAGACAGAAGAACACUUCGAUAAUGAAAAAGUGGAUAAUGGACAGUACUUUGUCGACCGUAGGUACAGUGGAAAGCUAGGCUAUGUCCAAGGAGGACUGCAAGCAAGAGACGGCCGAAGUAGUUUUAAGGGUGGACUUCGAGGUGGAUCCGGCAGCAAUAACGACCGCCAGAAGAAUUGCUUCGUGUGUAAAAAGGCGGGGUGCUGGUCCACACAGCACAAACCAAGCGAUCUUCAAGGAAGAAUCAAUAGCUGGUGGACGUACAUGGCUGAAAAUGAUCUCCCCGCUGACAAUGAUACCCUGGGCAUGUUCAUCGUCGACUACAAAGGCUACGAAGUGAACCAGAAUGAUGAUGAAACUGAUCUCAUUGGCAUGUUUAAUGCGUGGUCUGAGGAAAAAACUGAGCAAUUCCUCACAAGUUACGGUACAAUGGAUGGAUGGAAUACAGCUGUCCAGCUCAACAAUCAAGCAGCUGAGCAUGCUCUGACAGCCAAUGACCCAUUUGAAUGGGCCCUAACAGAGCCAAGCUCCAUUUUUCAGUUUCACGGCUGUUACAAUUCAGAGGUCUUCCAGGGGAUUUUGUCCGACACAGGAGCGGCAGGGCUGUCAACAGCUGGAGAAAACCAAGUUAAAGCUCUCCAAAAGAUCAUCCCAGGGCUCGAGAUGGACACAAGAACAGCGGGUAACCAUUGUAUAACUUUUGGUGAUAGCCCCCAUGUGGUAACCCUCAGAACGGUCGAUGUGAAAAUCCCGUUUGGCAUAAUAACAUUUACAGUCGUUCAGGCAAAUACUCCGUUUCUGCUUUGCUUAACUGAUAUGGACAAAAAUGUGUGUUUCUCAAUAAUACUCGAGACUUACUCAUCCAUAUAA